AGGACGAAGUACCAUUCAAACCUGAAUUGGAUUUUAUCAAUACACCGAUGUUGAAGAUAAACAAAAUCCGAUUCAAUCCGAAUCCAACAGGAGCAACAUGGAUUGCAGUAGCAAAUAGUGUCGGUUUUAUUCAAUUCAUAUGUCUAGAACAAUUAUACUGUAAACAAUUUGAUAUCGCUUUGAAUCGUAAGCCAACUGGUAAAGAUUCAGUCUACUUAGAAUCGAAACCAAAAGAAGUCAUCAGUAAACCGAUAAAUAAUACACCGAAACCAUUACGCAAAAAGAGUCAGCGUAGACCACGUACUACUACUACUACUACUUCCAAUUCUAAGCCUAAAUUACCGUCAUCAUCAACAUCAUCCGUACAGCCUGUACAAAUCAGAAUUCAAUCAGUGAAUGACAAUAAUAAUAAUGAUGUAACAGAAGAUAGAAGAGAAGCUAUCAGCAGUGACUUAUCUGGUGAUAGUGAUGCCACUGAAAUGAUGAUUAAUGAUAUGCAGACCUUGAAUAUCAUUGAAAAUAAGAAUGAAAAUGCUAGAAAUAGAAGGAGAAGUAGACGUCUUCAGUCUCAACAAAGUACUUUCAAUUUGUCAAAUUCAUCAACUGAUCCAUGUCAAGAACCAUAAAUUUCAAUGUGUUAUUUGUAGCCACAAAAAAAAAAAGAAAUAUGCAUUUUGUACAGUAAAGUGUCAUGUAUAUAUAUAGACGUAUACAUUUUUCAUUUCAUAUUUAAUAUAUUCUUAUAAAA